GAAUGAUAAACUUGAAGAGUUUUUCAGUUAUCCUGAAACAUAGAAAUUCUUUACGAUGGUACUUACAAAAGAAUUCAGAAUUUGCAUGCCAAUGACCGUCGAAGAGUACCGUAUCGGGCAGUUGUAUAUGAUUGCUCGUCACAGUUUCGAGCAAUCAAGCAAUGGAGAAGGCGUGGAGGUGGUAGCGAAUGAGCAAGUUAAGGAUGAAACAAAUGGAGUUGGGCAAUUCACUGAGAAGAGAAUACACUUGUCUAGCCAUUUACCUUAUUGGAUCCAAAGUAUAACACCAAAGAUUUUCUACGUUACUGAAAAAGCAUGGAAUUACUACCCAUACACAAUUACUGAAUACACAUGUUCCUUCAUACCAAAAUUUUCAAUAUCUAUUCAGACUCGAUAUGAAGAUAAUAAUGGGACUACUGAAAAUUGCUUGGGUCUAACACAGGAAGAACAAGAAUUGAGAGAAGUUGAUUUUAUGGACAUAGCUUUCGAUGAAAUCAAGCCGCAUCAUUAUAAAGAGUCAGAGGAUCCCAAAUUGUAUAAAUCUGAAAAGUCUGGCCGAGGGCCCCUUCUUGAGGGGUGGAGAGACACUCAGAAGCCCAUUAUGUGCUGCUACAAAGUUGUUAAUGCUAAGUUCGAGGUAUGGGGACUGCAGACAAAAGUGGAAGAGUAUGUUCAGGUGGCAAUUCGAGAAAUCCUACUUCUUGGUCAUCGGCAAGCGUUUACAUGGAUGGACGAAUGGUUCAAUAUGACAAUAGAAGAUGUGAGAAAUUAUGAGCACGAGAUGCAAGCUAAAACCAACAUAAAGGUUAAAAGUGCAUUAGAAGAGUCCGUAAACAAAGACGACAAGAAACCCUCCCAGCCCGCAACGCCGAAGUCUUCCCAGCCAGCAACGCCGAAGUCUUCCCAACCAGCAACACCAAAGUCACCUAAAAGCCCCACUACACCCUCAUCAGAAUCCAAAUCAUGGUUUUCGUGGUCAUAAUAAUUUAGAUCCAUAGAUAUUUAGUUUGAUCUCACCCCUAAAUCUAGGGUUUAGUUUUUUUUUCAAAUCUAAUGUCUUAUUUCUGAUAGUUCAUGAUUUCUUCUACUAGGCAAUCUUUAAACAAUUUUUCAAGAUACUUUUUAGAUUCAGUUAUGUUUUACUAGAACACACCAUUUUGUGUGAAAGAUAUUUAAAAAUGGGUUUUUUUAAAGUGAUUGGUAAUUCUAUUGAUCAAAUGCAGUGCUUUUGUGCUUGUAUGUAGUGAACGUGUAUCAUAUAACGAAUAUUUACUUGUUCCUUUCGGAUUUGUUAUAUCGAGGUUGUUAUAACGCUGCACUGCGUACAGAUUAAACUACAUUUUAGAAAUGCGUCUAUGCCUAGUACUCUAUCAAUACUGUCAGUAAUCGCGAGAAAAUUUAUUCGUCGUCCGCGGUGGAUAUAAUUCGCGAGGCUAAAUAACGCACGGAUUUUUUUAACAAGCUAGCUCUGUUUUUAUCCAUUUUCACACUUAGUCGUUUCAGUCUUGCAUUGCACGUUGUAGAGUAUCAUAAGUCAAGGUCAUAAGAUACGUUACUUAUCAUUAAUAUUUAUUAUUUCAUUUUGACUAUAAUGUAAGAAAUUGUAAGCUUUUUAAUUUGACUGAUUAUUCUGAGAGACUGUACGCCAGUAAAGCCUAAAGUAUAGUACUACCCUUUACUUAAACUAUAUUUGUAUAAUGAUUAUAAAUGCGAAAGUGUCUUAUUUGUUUGCUUGCUUGUUACUUUAAUUGCCUUAGCAACUGCAUCGAUCUUAAUAUAAUUACAGAUCAACAGAUAAAGCUUUCAUCAUAGAAACAAAUAUAGUUGAAUAGGUAGCCCGAAAAAGAAUCAGGGUAAAGUUCACGGGGAAUUGAAACAAAUAGCCUUUAGAUCUUAUCGAUUAUUUGUAAACAUAUAGCUUGCAUUCUGGAAAGGGGCAUGGAAUAGAAACAGAGAAGUCGCGGGCAACAACUAUUUAUUUAUAAUUUCAAUUUCUUUAAUAUGAGAUUCAAUAUAAAUUAAUAGACAUCUUGUAUGUAAUAAGAAAUCUAGUGUGAUAGUAUGAACAAGUUUUUAAUAUUUUUUAUUUACACAUAGCAUUUUUUAAAUGUAUAAAACAAUCGUCGAAUUUCGUCUCAUAAACACUCCAAAACAGCGGUAGUGUAGCAAGAGAGAAUUAUAUAAAUUUAGCCAUUGUAAAAACAGUGGAGGGUGAACAGUGAGCUGAAAAAUUUAAUAUUUUUGGUGACUAGUGUAAUUCAUGAAAAUACACCUUAAUUAUUUAAGUAUUACAAAUGAAUUUAGUAAUAUUAUGUUUACUUAAUUAUUUUAUUUUAUUACCUAUAAAAUUACUUUUGAGAUUUUUUUAACACCUCACAGAGCAUGCAAAGAACACAUCGUGUAAACUGCUGCGCUGUGUCCGAUAACUUGAGGCCAAGGUGUUACACCUCACGUGACUGUAAUUAUAAACAAUAUAAAUGUAGACAGUGAUUUGAUUUUUACAAAUUUUUAGCCAACCCGCUCGCGGGCCUGCUAUAAUUGCACGAUGACUUUUGAGAUGCACUUUUGACUUUUCAUAGACUCAUAGACAGAUGGAUCUCCUUAACUUUACCCUCCAUUAACUAGACAGAAUAUGAUAAAAAAAUUAAGUCUUCAGGCUCGAAUUCAAAAUAAAUUAUAUAUAGUAGCCACUGCUUUUAUAAAUCAACUAAGUUCACGCCUCUGCAUUUUCUAGCUCACUCACCGCAUAAAGAUAUUAUUGUAUAAUUUGACAUAAUAUAAUACUAUUAUUUUUAUUAUACUUUUCGGUUAAGUUAUUUACAGAGGACAUGUGUACCUGUUGUUUAGAGAAAUACAACACAAAUUAUUUAAAAAGGUUAUGUUAAAAGUGGGUACGAUUUCUGAUUUACAAACUUCGAAUAUUUGUGGUAUAAAUUGGCAAUGGUGCUUAUUCCGUUGUACCUACCUAGAUCUACAAACUAAAAAAAAAUUACAGAUCUAAAAAUAGUGCUGUAAGAGGGCAAAACGUGGGAAUUGAAGUGUGUCAAAACACUGCGUAACUAAUAGGUCUCAAAAUAGAUUUGUCCUUCUCACAUAUAAAAUAAAACCUGACAGUUUAGAGAUUUGUUUAGGUAUAACAGGAUAGGCCACAGUAUUGAAUAUUGUAUAAAAUCAAAUUUACUAAUACCCGUCUUCACUAAACCUAGGAAUCGCCUUAAUCGGUUGCCUAGUAAUUUAGAGAAAUAAACGUGUCUUUAACUCUUAUGUGAUGCCUAACGACGUUAGGCGCCGCAAAGUUACGACACCGAUUCGGCGUUUCGUAAAGUUUAGGGGACUUGUAAACUAACUUUUGACAGAUGUAAAAAAUAUAAUUAUAUGAAUAAAUUCAAAUUCAAAUUCAACUUUUAUCAUAAAUAGGUUACAAGGUGCACAGUAAAAUAUGAAGCCAACGGGAGUGCUUUGGCACUCGUACUAGGGAGACCUGUAUCACGAGUGCCAUAAUACAUGUAAAUUCGUUUCUUUAUAAUAACUUUAAAUCUAUACGAAAUAUGAUAGUACAGUCACAAAAUAACACGCCUUGUUGCAAGAACCAUAGACAAGUUAGGUGAUAUGAGUUGCCUAGUGAAAAUCGAUUGGUGAAAGGUAAAUGCAUGCCUAGGAAUCUUCUUUGAUUAGGCGUUACUUACUUAGGCAUAGCCUCGUUCGUCGUUACUGAAAACUGGCAUAAAUGGUUUACAUUUUCUUUAUGUUGUAUUUUCUUUUUUAUAUUUCAAGAUUGAAUUAAGAAUUUUGUAAGUUAUCAAAUUUUAUUACGCACAAUUAUUACAAUUUAAAGAUCGUCUAAUCUAACCGAUCGUCAAAUGUUUGUAUGUGUGAGACCAAAACAUGUUUGCAACACUUUAACUAGAACUCGUGUCGCCGGUGCAUAGGACGCUUUGUAUAGGGCGACACAUCCACUGACGUUCUACCUACUAGUCCACUAGUGGCUUCGCUUGGCUUACUUCAUUUUAGAGAUUCUUCAUUUGCGUCGGAUUGCGUGUGUACCACGAACCUGAUUAUCUCCUGAAAACUAACUGCACAUCAUUUCGUUCCGCUAAACUGAGAUGCGUACUUACUAUACACGUACUUUGCUUGUCAGCAUAAAUACAGUAGAAGGACUAGAUUAGAUUGUAUCUCUACUCGAAUUUUGCUAAAUCACCAAGGGCCAUCAAUAAACGUGGCAUAACGUCGGAAUUGGUGUGCAGUGUGUUUUUCGUCUUGUCACUCUUUAAUUGACAGCACCUUAUAAAUGUCAGAGCGUUAAGGAUUCGAAACGAGGCAUGUAUGCGAGAUAACAUGAAGCAUUUAAGCAAACUUUGAUGUAAUGACAUAAAAGUUGGCGUAGAAUAUAAUAACUGUCUUUUUUCAUAUUGAAUUGACAUUCAUUAUCUUGUCUAGAAGGCCCAACUUUAAUCAAACUCAGCUUUUUAGUUUUUUAGUCAUAGAUAAAGUCAUAAGUUAUAGAAUAUAUCUGUUGUUGGUUGACGAAUAACGAUGAUGUUCCUAAAAUGAAUAUGAUAUUACUCACGCGUCGAAUAAUAUUAUUUUAUCACGGGUAGGUACUUAUUAUUUUUAAAAAUAAUUAUUUUUAAAACGGAUGGAACGGAUUCACAAUGCAAGCACCAAAUUAUACGCAUUUAGUGGCAUCAAAUUAUAAGCAUUUGCUUAGGAUAUUCCUAAGCAGGAAAAUGCAGUGCAGAAUUAAACUGGUUAGUCGGUGACGUAGAACGGAGGGAAAACUAAAUAUAGCAAUAUUUUGCAUGUAAUAAUUUAUUUUUAUGGUUUUAUUUUCGUAACUCGGUACAAAUAUAAUCAGAAGUUAGUGAUAUUAUUUAGAAUAUUAAGUAUUUUUCAAUAUAAAUUUGCAAAGGCCUAAAUAUUACAGUAUAAAAACGGUAAAUAUACAUUCCCUAAUUAUUAGUAUGGUUACAAUUUAAUUGAUUUUAUAAAUUCAAUACUAUUGUAGUAAUACUUACAAGAUAUUAUUGCGUUGUUAAAGUUAAAUAUGUUCUUAUUGUAAUAUUUAGAUUGUGUAUUGUAUUUAUGUUAAGGUGUGUUAAAGUUUGUUAGGUGUUUAAAAUGAAUUGGCGUAGUAAA